AUGACGACGGUGGUUGAUAUUCCUUUUGCAUUGCCGGCCGCCCCGGCGGGCUCUAAGCCUGCGGCUGCAUCCACCUCGGCACUUUCGCUGACCAGUGUCAAGAUGGAGCCUGCAGGCAUGCCGUUCCUCAGCUGCAUCCGCCGCCGCUUGAACCAGAGCAGCUUUGCGGAAGACGAUGCGCUGGUCAAGCAGCGUCUUGAGGAUCAUGCUGCGGCAAACACGGAGGUCGAUGAGAUGGACAACGAUAUCGGAGAGGAGCCUGAAAGUGAGGCGCUUCUUGCAAGUGAUCCAAAGGACUGGAAGUCGCUGGACCACUACGCAGUCCUCGGCCUCUCCAGCCGUCGUUACAAGGCCACCGACCAUGAAAUCAAGAUUGCGCACCGCAAAAAAGUGCUCAAGCACCACCCCGACAAGAAGGCUGGUGCCACGGGCCUGAGCAAUGACGACUCCUUUUUCAAGUGUGUUGCAAAGUCGUUUGAGAUUUUGUCGCGCCCCGAGAAGCGUAUGCAGUUCGACAGUGUCGACGAGGGCGUGGACGACGACGAUGUGCCAACUGGCAAGGAGAAACCGGAGCACUUUUACGCACUGUGGGGCCCCGUUUUUGCGCGCGAGGCACGCUUCUCAAAAGUCACCCCGGUGCCGUCGCUGGGCGACGCAGAGAGCCCCAAGGAAGCCGUUGACGAGUUCUACAACUUCUUCUACAACUUUGACAGCUGGCGCAGUUUCGAGUAUCUCGAUAAGGAGGCGAACGAGGGCAGCGAUAGCCGUGAUGAGAAGCGCUUCACUGAGAAAAAGAACCGCAAUGAGCGUGCGCGUUUGAAGAAGGAGGACAAUGCGCGCCUCCGCAACCUGAUCGACAAGGCGCUGGGGGUUGAUCCGCGCAUCAAAAAGUUCCGCGCCGAAGAGCGUGCCGCGCGCGAGGCGAAGCGCAACAAGGGCAAGCCUGGAGCGGCGGGUGCGAAUCCUGCCGCCGCUGCAGCCGAGGCCGAGCGCAAGAAAGCCGAGGAGGAGGCUGCCGCCAAGGAAGCUGCCGCCAAGGAGGAGUCUGAUAAGGCGGAGCGCGCCGACGCGAAAAAGGCGCGCGAGGCCGCCAAGAAGAAUCUCAAGAAAGAGAAGAAGGCACUCCGCCAGAUUAUCACCGAUGCCAACUACUUCCAGCCCGAGGGUACGGCGCCGUCGGCGAACGUGCUCGACAAGCAGCUCACCGCACUUGACUCGCUCUGCGCUAUGCUGGAGCCCGAGCAGGUUGCAGCGCUCCGUGUAGAGGCAGAGAAGGGCAAGGAUGCUGCGCAGACUGCGCUGGACAAGGCUGCCCAGGACAAGGGACUCGGCGCGGCGUUUACCCCGUAG